GUGAACGGGACUUUUAUUUUGGCGCGGUGAUGUGACGUCAUAAGCACGCGCCGCGCUCCUGCAUCUGUUGAGACUCGACUGAAGAAAGAAAAACUCCUGCUGAAGCGACUGAGAUCCACGUGACACUGUUAUAAAGAUGGCGAUUAUUAAAGAGGAGAGUGAAGACUUCAGGAUUGAAGCAGUAUUCAGAGUGAAACAUGAAGAUACUGAGGAUCAAACAAAGACCGUGUUUAUUAAAGAAGAGAGUAACGAUGUGAAGAUUGAGAAAACAUUCAGAGCCAAACAUGAAGAUACUGAGGAACAAACAGCAAUAAAAGUGGAGAAAGAAGUACUCAGUGAAAUUGAAGAGAAAGAUCAAUAUGAGAAUCUUCAUGAUUUCACAACUGGAAAAAAAUAUUUUAGACAUUUGCAUACUGAAAAGACUGCCACACAAAAAAAAGCUCAAAUAAGUUAUUUCACUUUCAAUCAUCAAGGAAACCUCAAAGUCCACACUGUAGAGAAGCCUUUCACCUGCCAACAGUGUGGACAAAGUUUUGCUAAACAUGGAAACCUUAUAGUUCAUAUGAGGAUCCACACUGGAGAGAACCCUUUCAUCUGCCAACAGUGUGGAAAAAGUUUUGCUCAACAUGGAAACCUUACAGUUCACAUGAGGAUCCACACUGGAGACAAGCCUUACACCUGCCAACAGUGUGGAAAAAGUUUUGCUCAACGUGGAAACCUGAAAGCCCACAUGAUAAUACACAAUGGAGAGAGUCCCUUCACCUGCCAGCAAUGUGGAAAAGGUUUCACUUUUAAAGGAAGCUUUAACGCCCACAUGAGAAUUCACACUGGGGAGAAGCCUUACACCUGCCAACAGUGUGGAAAGAGUUUCACUCGAAAAGGACACCUUAACUUGCACAUGACUGUUCACACCGGAGAAAAGCCUUACACUUGCCCUGAGUGUGGAAAGAGUUUUGCUCAGCAUGGAAGCCUUAAAGGCCACAUAAUAACUCACACUGGAGAGAGCCCUUUCACCUGCCAACAGUGUGGAAAAUGUUUCACUCGUAAAGAAAGUAUUGACAGGCACAUGAGAAUUCACACUGGAGAGAAGCCUUACACAUGCCAACAGUGUGGAAAGAGUUUUGCUCAACUUGGAAACCUUAAAGCCCACAUGAGAGUUCACACUUAACAGAGUCCUUUCACCUGCUAACAGUGUGGACAAAUUUUCAAUCAUAAAGGAAUCCUUAACAGGGACAUGAGAAUUCACAUUGGAGAAAAGUCUUACACCUGCCAACAAAGUGUAGAAGUUCCACUCCAAAAGGAAACUUUAACAGACACACCUUGUAAAGCCCACAUGAGAGUUCACACUGAUUAGAACCCUUACACCUGCCCUCAGUGUGGAAAGUGUUUCACUUAAAAACCAGUCUUUAAUAGGCACAUGACUAUUCCCACUGGAGAGAAGCCUUACAUCUGCCAACAGUGUGGAAAAGGUUUUACUCAACAUCAAACCUUGAAAGACCUCAUGAAAACUAGUAAGACUUCUCUCCAAUGAGAAUUAUUAAUUUGUUCUUUACUUAAGGGUUAAAAAGUUCAAAAUACCUGAGCAGCAGGCUUAGUUAAUCCCAAGUGGUGUUUAGCUGAAUAUGUAUUUCCUUUCAAUAACAAAAUAAACAGUAUUUGU